AUGGCAGCGCUGUUAGGAACGGGGAAAACAUAUGAGGAGUUGCUAAACGUGCUCAAAGCCCAUUAUAAUCCAAAGCCGAGUGAAAUUGUGCAAAGAUAUAAGUUUAAUUCAUGCACACGGAAGAAUGGAGAGACUGUUGCUGACUUUGUGGCUGAGUUGAAAAAGUUAGCACAACAUUGUGAGUACGGGGCAACACUUUCGCAAAUGCUGCGAGACAGACUCGUGUGUGGAGUGAAUGAUGACAGGAUGCAGCGACGGCUAUUGUCAGAAGUGGACUUAAACUUUGAGAAAGCAUUUAAUAUCUGUCAAGCAAUGGAAUCGGCAAACAAAAAUGUAAAAGAUUUACAAGGAAUGUUAACAGAUGAGACAGCGCAAGCAACGAGGAUGCUGAAAGGACAAACACCGGUGCAUAAAGUGUACUCGGCGGAAAGGAAAGGCCCGGAAAGAGACUUUGUGUGUUAUAGAUGCAAAGGAAAUCAUGCGCCCGAGGAAUGCAGGUUUGUGAAUGAACUCUGUCAUAAAUGUGGGAAGCGUGGACACAUAAAACGAGCAUGCAAGUCGAAGCAAGCUGGGGCUAGUUUUCAGAAAGCACCGUUCAAAGGCCAAAGAGUGGAGAGAAAGGAAAAAGAGAAAGGUAGGAGGUCACAUUUAGUCAAAGAGGAGGAAGUGAGUGAGGAAGAGGAUGCAAGUGAUAUCAAUACAAUUUACAGUGUAUCACAAAACCUACCUAAAGUGGCCCCUAUCACACAAAAGUUAAAGGUGAAUGGCAUGGAAGUGGAGUUUGAAGUGGACACAGGAUGUGGUGUCACAAUCAUCAGUAAGGAGCAAUAUUCUAAACUAUGGAAAAGAACAGACAUGCCCGAGUGGAGAUCAUGCAAAUUGAACUUGAAGACAUAUACAGGUGAGAAGAUGGGGGUGCUGGGACAAGUCACUGGAAGAGUGACAUGCCAGGAAGUAGGAAAAAAACUGGCAAUGGUCGUAGUAGAAGGGGCAGGGCCAAAUUUGUUGGGCCGUGGCUGGCUAAAAGACUUAGGGCUGCUGCCACAGCUGGUAAAUAAAGUAACAACGACUCCAGCGCUAAAAUUGUCAGAAGUUUUAGACCGGCACACUGAAGUGUUCAAAGAAGAGCUAGGACAGCUUAAAGGCACCACAGCGAACAUUCAAGUUAACCCCGAAGCACAGCCACGAUUCUAUAAGCCUCGACGUUUACCCUUUGCAGUAAAACCCCUGGUGGAGGCAGAGCUUCAAAGACUGGUGGAAGAGAAAAUUAUAGAACCAGUACAGUUUUCAGAAUGGGCAGCACCCAUUGUACCUGUGAAGAAGCCAGAUGGCUCAAUUCGAAUUUGUGGGGAUUAUAAACUCACAGUAAACAGAGCAUCCAGUGUGGAACAAUAUCCUAUUCCUAAAGUGGACGAUUUGUUUGCACAGUUAGCUGGAGGGCAGAAAUUCUCAAAGCUGGACAUGAGCCACGCGUAUCAGCAGAUCAUGCUUGACAAAAGUGCCAAGAAAUAUGUCACUAUCAAUACACACAAAGGACUGUACACUUACUGUAGGCUACCAUUCGAGAUAGCGUCGAGCCCAGCCAUCUUCCAACGCACUAUGGAAGGAAUCUUGCAAAACAUGCCACACGUCACAGUUUAUUUGGAUGACAUUUUAGUCACAGGGACUAGUGAGGAAGAACAUCUGAGAACCCUGGAAGAGGUAUUGUCUCGGCUAGAAAGAAGUGGGCUGAGAUUGAAACGCAGCAAGUGUGAGUUCCUGGGAGAGGAGGUGGUAUUUCUUGGCCACAAAAUCAGUGCCGCAGGUGUGCAUCCAGUCGCAGAAAAAGUCAAAGCGAUCCAGGAAGCCCCCACACCGCAGUCUGUGAGUGAACUGAAGGCUUAUUUAGGCCUGUUGAACUAUUAUCAUAAGUUCCUGCCUAGUCUAUCCACUUUGUUAGCACCAUUACAUGCACUGUUGAGGAAGGAGACAAAAUGGGCAUGGGGCUCUGAACAAAAAGAAGCCUGCAAGUCAAAAAAUCUUCUGCAGUCCUCAGCCAUUCUAGUGCAUUAUGACAUAAAGAAACCGAUCAUUCUGGCUUGUGACGCUUCUCCAUACGGGGUUGGAGCCGUGUUGUCGCACAGGAUGGAGGACGGCACAGAGCGACCGAUCGGAUUUGUGUCAAGAACACUGAAUGCAGCUGAGAAGAAUUACUCUCAAUUAGAGAAGGAAGGUCUAGCUGUCAUUUUUGGAGUAAAGAAAUUCCACACAUAUUUGUAUGGGAGGCAGUUCACUAUUGUAACGGAUCACAAACCAUUGAUUUCAUUAUUUAAUGAACUGCGAGAAGUGCCACAAAUGGCAUCGCCACGUAUACAGAGAUGGGCUGUGACACUGUGUGGAUAUGAAUUCACCAUUGUAUACAAAGCUGGCAAGGAACAUCAAAAUGCUGAUGGACUAAGCAGACUGCCUUUAACGGAGAAAGGUAUAGAGACUCAAGCGGAGGAAGAAAGAGUACUUCUGCUUGAAGAAAAUGAUGUGCCCCUUGUCAAAGCAGAACAAGUGAGAAAAUGGACAGACAAAGAUGCAGUUUUAACUCGAGUGAGAGAGUAUGUGCUCAGAGGAUGGCCAAAAGAAUGGACGAGUCCGUUUUUUGGAGCAUAUACUAAAAAACGAGAUGAACUUAGUGUACAGGGAGGCUGUGUUCUGUGGGGAGCGCGCGUGGUGGUUACCCCGCCGGGCCGCGCAGCUUUAUUGAAACAAUUACACAUCAAUCACCCUGGAAUAACCAGAAUGAAAGGUUUGGCACGAAGUUACAUGUGGUGGCCACAGAUGGACGCAGAAAUAGAAGGCAUGGUAAAAACUUGUGCCACAUGUCAAGAGAAUAGAAAUUCUCCCCCCUGUGCACCUUUACAUCCAUGGGAGAUGCCAAACCUGCCAUGGAGAAGAAUCCACAUUGAUUAUGCUGGUCCGUGGUUAGGGAGAAUGUUCUUAAUCUUAGUGGAUGCCUACUCUAAAUGGCUAGAUGUGUACCCGUUACAUAAGUCUACCUCUACUGUAACCAUUCAAUGCCUGAGACAAAGUUUUAGCCAACAUGGGAUACCUGAAAUGGUGGUGUCGGAUAAUGGCAGCAGUUUCACAAGUGCAGAGUUCCAAGAGUUUAUGACCCAAAAUGGCAUCAAACACAUCACCACAGCACCGUAUCACGCAGCUUCUAAUGGAUUGGCUGAACGGGUGGUGCAAACGUUCAAAAGUCUGAUGAAGAAGAGCACAGGAGAUUCCAUUGAGACAAAGCUUGCUAGAGCAUUGUUCAGUUACAGGAUCACACCACAGUCGACUACUGGAAAAUCUCCUGCAGAACUGUUGUGUGGAAGAAAGCUAAGGUCUACCUUGGAUCUCAUCCAUCCUGAUUUUAAAAGUCAAGUGCAGGAAAAACAGAUGAAGCAAAAAUUGUACCAUGAUCGGCAUGCUAGGAAGAGACAGGUGACUGAAGGUGACCAAGUGUACACUAAGAACUUUGGAUCAGGGCCUAUCUGGGUUCCUGGGACAGUUCAGAAACAGACGGGACCGGUGUCUUGUACGGUUGCACUUGGAAAUGGCCAGAUAGGGUCAGAGUCCACCACAAAUGACAAAGGUCCCACAAAGGAGGAUGUAGAGAUUCUGGUGCUGAGCCAAGUGCCAGAUUGUGAACAGGAGCCUUCAUCAGACCAGAGGCUCGAGGAGACUUUUGUGGGUGAUCAGGGGUCAGAGUCCACCACAAAUGACAAAGGUCCCACAAAGGAGGAUGUAGAGAUUCUGGUGCUGAGCCAAGUGGAGGGAUAA